AGGUUGCGAAGGCCAAGGUCAUAUUACUCUCCUUUGCGACUCUUAAGCGGCCACGAGAUGUAGACGUUGUCGUGCGAGCCCAAGGCAAGAACCCUAAGGCUCUCAGGGCAGAGAUCCUCUCACAUUACCCCAAGAUUGAUCCUGCCGCCGCCGCCAAAGGUGCUUCGUCCCAAAGUGAGUGGCCUCCCUGGUUGGCCUCGUCGUAGCUCUGACUCACCACCUUGGCAGAAACCGUUGUGCUGCUUGACUCACUCAACGAGCUCGCCACAGCGGCACCUCAGAUCAUGCCGACUUUUCUGUCGAGCAUCGUUAUGCCGACGGUGUCUCUGGUAGCAGUGUACCACACCGAUGUCCCCAUUGUACUCCCGCGAUCAGUAAGUGAGUACGAGCCUCACCCUCUGACCGUCCUUUCCCACUUGGCCACCUCCAUUCUUCGGCUAUCAAGUCUGCGUCAGGAGAUUGAGCGCCAGAGGGCGAGGAACAGGAGUCUCCAAGAGCCGGAAUGGGGGCUGGGCGAGGGCCGUGAAGGAGUCCUCGUCGGUCUCAAGGGCGACACCAAAUCCGGGGAUUAUCAUGGCGUGGUUGUCGAGAUGGAGAUCAGGAGGCGAAGCGGACGUUCCAUGGCGGAAAAUUUCGUCGUGUCGCCACAGGUGGGCCAGAGCAUAACCACUACAUCCGCGAAGGGAUCCAAGAUUUUCCUCCUCUCGGAGCACCCUGUAUUUGCUUCCUCUGGGGGUUCUGGCGCCACGGGUUUUGGAGAUGGAGAGGACGACGAGCCAGAGAGUACAUUCAACCUGGGCCUCACGGAGAAGCAGCGACGGGAUAGGGAGGGCAUUGUGCUGCCUUACUUUGACGCGCAGACGGACAUAGGGGCGGGAGAGGGUGGAAGGAUCCUGUACGAGAUGGGCAGGGAGGAUGACUUUGAUGACGAGGAGGACGAGAUCUAGACGGCCUCAUUGCAUGAGACAUAAAGAAAUGAACAUCAUCAGUGUACGUCUCGUUCGAGGCCUAUUGUGCUGACUAUCAGGCACGACACUUCGGUCCAAGUGAGGCCAAAUCUGGGAAGAGCGUUUGCCUGUCCACCAGCUGCCGCGUAACGGCUGCGACCUUCCUUCCUUUACGGGCAUCUUUGACUCACCUCCC